AUGGGAUUGAAUAUGAUAAGAUCAAGUUUACCUAAACCAUCAUUGGUAAGAGGUAUUAAGACCAUUCCACAGCCACCAGGUUUUAUUGUUGGUGAUGUCAAUGAUGCUUAUGUCCCACCAAAACCAUCAAAAUCACAUGGUUCAAUCCAUUGGACCUCAGAAAGAGCUAUCUCAAUGGCUAUGGUUCCUUUAGCUUUAUCACCAUUCAUUACUGGUGCUUCAACCGUUAUUGAUUCUACUUUAUGUGCUGUUACUUUAGCCCAUUGUUACACUGGAUUCCAAAGUUGUAUCAUUGAUUAUAUUCCUGUAAGAGUAUAUGGUGCUUACCACAAUUAUGCUAUGUACUUAUUAACUUUCGGUACCGGUGUUGCUGCUUACGGUGUUUAUGAUAUUGAAAAAAGAGAAGGUGGGGUUACUAAUAUUAUUUCCAAAUUAUGGAAAGCUUAG